UUCAGUUCAGACCGUGCAGUUAGCCGUAAAGUGAUAAGACAAGGAAUAUUUGGAAAAGGGUCGUUUUAAAUUUAAGGCUCAGGCCUAGGCCAAGUUUAAAUUUUUGAAUUCGUUGAAUUUAAUAUAACUUUAAAAAUUUAACUUUAAAAUUGUUCAGUUACUAAUUAUAUAAAUCGCCUUGGCUACAUUUAUCGAGCAAAAUGGCCAAACCUCAAGUGUACAGCAUGAAAUGGAAUAAUUACAAAGAUCAUUUAAGUGGCAUAUUAUUACAAUUAUUGGAGACUGAAUCUAUGGUUGAUUUGACGCUUUGUGCCGAGGGCGAGAGGAUAAGCUGUCAUCGAAUCAUAUUAUCAGCAUGUAGUCCAUAUUUUCAGGAAAUAUUGACUGGAAUCACAUCCAAAAAUGCUGUUGUAAUACUGUGUGGUAUAUCUGCAGAGGAUUUACGAUCGAUAGUGGAGUUUGUAUACAAAGGAGAGUUGAAUGUGAGCUCAGAACGAUUUGUGUCCAUUCUCCAUGCAGCAGAAACGUUAAAGAUAACUGGUUUGAUGUCCGUAAAAAAUCAUCUAACUGUUAUGGACCCGGUUAACUUGAGAGAUGAAGGCUUGUCAAAUAAUGUGGAGGGAAGAGACAAACUAAUAAAAGUAAAGCAGGAACUGUUGGCAGAAGAAGAAAGUCUUUGUCCUGUAAAUCUAGUUGAAACUGCAGAACAGAUAGAAACUAACGACGAUGAAAAUGGACCCAGCUUUACGAUCAUUACUGAUGAUAACGAAGAACACUCUGACUAUAGGCUGCAGAUUGCUACACCUAAAAAUAAGCGUAAAAGAGAGUUUUCAAGAAGGGAUUACAGUGAGGAAGCUUUGUCAGCAGCUCUGGAAGAUAUGGCGAAUGGUUUAAGCCUCCUAGAGGCCUCCAACACACAUAACAUACCUCGGUCUACGCUGUACGCUCGGGCCAAGAGUUACGGCAUCACUCCCUCCAUCUCACGUUAUGAGUAUUCACAGGAGAACCUGUUAGCAGCCGUCAAUAUGGUCAAAGCUGGUGCGAGUUUACAGUCUGCAUCAGCAAUGUACGGCAUACCUAAGACUGUGUUGUGGCGACGGGUCACUAAGGUAAUCGGCAACUACGCUCUGAGUCAACGGCUCAAAUCUCGACAGAGAUAUCAGCCUCACGCUAAAGAAGCCGCCAUCAGAGCUCUCGAGAGAGGGGAGAAGAUUAACAAAGUUUCAUCCAUGUAUAAGAUUCCAAAGACAACGCUGUUCAGAGAAAAGAGCCGACUGGUUGAGUUGGGAAGACUUCCACCAUCAUGUCUCAACAAAAGAGAGCCUAACAAAGAUAGCUACAAGCAACAACGUCUCACUCAAGCAGUGGCCGCUUGCAAAGAGGGCCGCAUGUCUCAAGCCGCCGCUUCCAGCACAUACAAGGUCUCAAAAACAACAAUUUGGAGAAGACUACAGCAAAGCCAGGGCAGAAAACAAAUUCGAUAUAUCAAAACGAAGGAAGAACCAGUGGAAGAAAAUGAAGAAAGUGUUCAGUUUGAAGAGAUUGUCUCCGAGAUACCUGUCACUUAUGCUGAGGACAGCUCUUACACGGAAGGUUCUUUUAUCAUCCUGGCACCCAAUGGUGAGUUUCCCGUGGACUUUGAGGGAGAAAUGUUAGUGGCAGAAAAUGUAGAAGAUGUGGGUGAAAUCAUAGAGAUACCUACAUAUGUAGAAGAAAUGUCCAGUCAGAUGGAGGAAUGCUCAACAACUCAAGAAAACACAGAGAUCCAGGAAAACACACAGCUCCAAGAAAACACACAAGUUGAAGAAGCGGUUUGAGACCUGUGAAACGGUUACCAUUGUCUUUCUACAUUAUGGUAGUUAUGGCGUGGAGUUCUUGACUAUCAGACUUACAAUGUGAUGGUUCUUUCGAGAGAAGUUUGCUGAUUACCAAGUCCGUAGUUACCACGGGAAUUAUUAGACUGACUGAACUAUACACCGAAAAUAUAUGAACUUCAGAAUAUUGACACUGGUUGUGUAUCCAUCUGGUGCAAAGAAUCCACUUAAAUUGUUCAUGACGCUUUCCUUGCCAAAUGGUUGUUAUAGGAGACAAUUGUAGUGCCAAACGGCAGAGAGAAAAAUUUCCUCGAAAUACUGUAACAUUUGACAAAUCAACUGAAUCGGGGUGUGGACAUAAAUAUACAUAUCCUGAACCCCUUUUAUACAGUGUAUACAUACAAUGUUUAUAUAUUGUCUACUGGUUAGUUUUACUAUUUUUAGCAUUUUACAAGAACAACUUAGGAAUGUUAUCUGUCAAGAUAUUUAUUUUAAGAACUUGGUUUGUUGCACUAAGUAGCCUCCUUUCAACUAUACCCGUUUUUUACAACAAUAUGAAAUGAACUUGAAAAAUAAUAAAAAUGU